AUAGCUUCCGUGUCCCAGUUUGUAGUUCUCUGCUAUUCCUUAAUAAGUGCAUUUUUGCUGGUUAAAGAACCAGAAGUUUUAUUUUUAAGGUUAUUAGUCUCCAAGAGAAAGUAUAAGUUUUUAGCGACUGGCAUAGCCUGAGCAGACAACUAGCGAGAACAAACAGCGGCUAGAGCACGGAGUGGGUGUUGAAGCCUCUGUCACCCCCUCCGUAGCACCAGGCACCACCUCAGCUGCUGAUCCAUGGGGAAGUCUUUUCUAGGAUAUUUGGAGGAAGAUACUACAUUUUCUUUUCAAAGACUGAGGAAACGAUAUCCAUGAGGUUCAACAGCUUCUCAAGCUCUCACAGCUGGCUUUGAUGGGCACAUCCCGAAAGGUCUCAGCCUUGAAAAUAAAGUGGAAACGAGAGGCAGAAGCUGUGUGGCAAGCCAGUCACGGUGGAGAAGAGAUAGGACAGCGCUCAGGCAUGGGUUCCCAGUCUGGUGAAGUCCUGAGGUGCCGUUCAGGAGACAUCUGUGCUGUGAAAGUGAACACUGCUGGGGAGCUUCACAAAAGAAGGCCACUUAUGGUCUGAAGACUGCCUCCCUAAGAUUAGUCAACUGGCCAGCUGGAGCCCCAGGCCAAUCUUGUGCCUCCAAAGGAGUUUGGUCAUUGCAUGAAACAUGGUCACUGUUGCAUCCUUUUGCUCCAGCUGAGUCGUGCCCACCUGCGUCUUCAAUCUUUGCGUUGACAGCUACAUUGUUCCACUCUCCAAAAGACGAAGGACCUCUCAGAUUGUGCUCCUUACCUCAUAAUGAGAAUUAGCAGCAGGCCUGGAUGGAUUCGUAAGCAAUGUGAGCCUGCUCUCCUGCAAAUGUCUUUAAUAAUAGAUGAUGAGAAAGGCAGAAGGUGGCACCUGCAAAGUGCAUCAAACACAGCAUCAUUGGAGACUCUUGCCAACACCAGUUCUCCUGGUCCAGUCACCAGUUGUGACGUUUCAACAUGGCUGCUCCUGUUUUCCUCCCAGCGCUGGUACCAAAUGGCUGUCCCACAGACUGUGUCCUUGAGGCACUGUGCCUUACUCACCUUUGCAUUCCCAGAACUGUGCUUAGUGCCCCCCAAAUGCCCAUGGAUGAAUAUAUGAAGAGAUGGAAGUCAAAGUUUUAUAGGGCCCUAUGAUUUAUGCAGGAGCAGAGGCAGCACGCAAUCGAGCUGUCAAGAGAGCGUCAGCUUAUUAGGCAAAUGCUGCGUGGUUUCUGAAGAGGGUCGACGCUAUAAAAUCCCACUCCAGGCUCUGGUGUGGAGAAACUCAGAGCCCAAAUCUGUUGAGAGACUGGAGAGAAGGAGAAGAGAAGAAAAAGAGAGUGAAGACAGAAAGGAGAAAAGAAGAAAACCCUUGAAAAAGCCCCGGAGACUUUCCUCUGCAGAGAGGCGGCAGCGCCCCACUCACCUGCAGAAGCACCUCAGAAGCGAGCGCCCCUAACAUGCGGCUGCCGCUUCUCUUGUCCGCGGGCGUCCUGCUGGUGGCUUUCCUGCCCUGCCCGCCAUGCAGGGCCCUCCUCAGCCGGGGACCCAUCCCGCGCGCCCGGCAGGCCCCUCAGCAGCCCCAGCCCCUGGAUUUCUCCCAGCUGCCGCCGCAGCCCCAGCAGCCCCAACAGCCACAGGCUCGGCCCAUCCUGCUCCGCAUGGGAGAGGAAUAUUUCCUCCGCCUGGGUAACCUCAACAAGAGCCCCGCUGCUCCCCUCUUGCCCGCCUCUUCACCUGUCUCUGGCGGCAGCGGCAGCCACCUUUCACCGGACGAAGCGGCCGCCAACUUUUUCCGAGCGUUGCUGCAGCAGCUGCCGCUGCCCCGGCGCCCGCUCCCGCUCGACAGCCCCGCAGGUCCGGCUGAGCACGGAGCCGAGAACGCCCUCGGCAGCCGCCAGGAGACACUCGAGAGGCAGAGGCGAUCCGAGGAACCUCCCAUCUCGCUGGAUCUCACCUUCCACCUCCUCCGAGAAGUCUUGGAAAUGGCCAGGGCUGAGCAGUUAGCGCAGCAAGCUCACAGCAACAGGAAACUGAUGGAGAUUAUUGGGAAAUAAAACUGUGCGUUUGGCCGAAAGGAUGCAGUAUUUAGCACGCAAAAAAAUAAUUAAAAAAUCAAAUACAGUAUUCUGUACCAUAGCGUUGAUCUGAUACCAUUUGUUUAUUGUUUUUUAUAGCUUGAAGCCUAGACGAUGUAUAGCAAGAGAGCCUAUACUCCUUAAUUAGCAUGCACAAAGUGUAUUCACACACAGUAACAGCAGCAAAAUGUUAUUUGUAUUGUCUACUUUUAGUUUCCAUUUCCAGGUGUCUUUAAUGGUGUUUAGAAAGUAUGGACCCAGAAUGAAAUGUUUUGAAGCAGGCAGAAGUCACUCAAUUUAUUUUGUUGUGGUCUGAGCCAAAGAGAGUGUCAUUCUCUUGGAUAGGUGAAACAAAAUCUGUAAGCUCUUUGAAUCAACCUUUCCUUGUAAACGUUUCAGUAAUAAAAACAUCUUACCAAUCAUUGGUCAAUUUGGUUGUGUAAGAGAAUGUCGAACAUUUAUAUUUUUAAUAAAAGCUGCAAAGGUAA